AUGCACCGUUACUUAGUCCCUAAUGUUUCUUUGCUUGAUUUAGCUGAUUAUCCAUGUUUUGAUGAUGCGAGAAAAUUUGGCCUUCGAGCUGCUAUGGCAAUCAGGCUAAAGGUCGGGCGUGUUUGUAGAUUUGAAUAUUUGUUAGAAAUUUUUCUCCCCACGAACUUGGAAGAUAGGGUGGAACAGAAUAAAUUGUUUGAUGAAAUCUUAUUGAUUUUGCAUAAGAACUGCAAAGAUUCAGGAAACAUGGAGUUGCCGAUCAAAUCAUUUCUUAAGCUACAGGAGGAUGAACUAGACGAUCUGUUGAAGGAAACUAAAGAAAAGUUCCAAAAUAACAGAGUGGAAACAGAUGAGCUUCGUGAAGAGGCAGCAGCGACAGAAUGUGAAUUACUUGAACACGAGACUCAGUCCUCUGUUGGGUCUGAGGAAGGAGAGUUGCCAAACACCUCACCAAUGGCUGUUUCUGAGAGCUCUUCUUCAGCAUUAUCAAAUGGUGGUUUAAAUUCAAACGAAGAGAUCACGUUGAAUAUGUUGAUUCCGCAGAACACAGGAGAAACAGAUGAGCCUAAUGAACAGGAAGUCGGAGAACAAAAUGCUGCAGUUGGAAAUGGUGUUGAUGGCAAUAAGCAGAUGGUAGAAAUUCAUUAUAGACAGCAGAGAAAGAGCAUUAAUAAAGGAAAGAAGACUGAUACUCAGCCGACUAAGUGUACUUCUAAACCAAGAAAAACUACAUCUGUAGUUUGGGAAUUUUUCAGUAAGGUUCAAGAAAAUGGUGUGGUAUGGGCCAAAUGUCCAGUUUGUGGCAAACAGCUAGGCGGGGAAAGCAAGAAUGGAACUUCAAACCUACACAAACACGGAUGUUUUAAAGAUUGGAAGGAAGAUGCAAAACAACAAUCAGUUUCUAAUGUCGAUUCCAGAACUAAAGUAAACCCAAAAGCUAAAGCUUCAUCAACAAUUGGAGCCAAUGUUCCUACACAAGCAAAGAGGAGAAAGCUGGCAGCCAAGAUAGGAGAUACUGGAAAAGAUAAGGAAAGAGAGGAAGAAGGAACUUUUAAUGAUUCAGCAAUUGCUAGUGUCGUGGAUGCUGUACAAGAUACAACUGUUUCAGACAUCAGUCAAGCAGCAGUUUCUAAUGUAGUUUCUGACCAAGUACAAGAGCUAACAGUUCAAGAUGAUUAUACUACAAAAGAAACAACUGCAAGAGGUCUCAAGGAUCAGGAGCAUCAUCUCUCAUUUGGUCGUAUUGCUCAGCUGCAACCAAUUGAAACUCAAAGUUCUAGCCAACAACCCAAUAAUACGGCCAUUGCUGGUAUUCCUCAAGUUGGAUGUACUACUGCAGAAGUUGAUAUUGUUGCUACAAGCACAACUUCUUCUAUCCCAACCACCAUCGGUUCUCCUGUUAUUUCUGCUGCAUCUCAACUUAGAAGGUUUUUGUCUCAAUCUCCCCAAGUGUUGCUCUCUCUUAGCGAAAUUGAUAGGUUCUGCUCCCUUUUAAAUGCCGCAAUCAAUGCCUCCAGUAACGAAUGGGAGAAGCACCCCAUGAGAGAGCUCUUGGCUGAAGUAGAUAGGCUCAAGGAUGCAAUUGCCACUUGCCCUUCUAGUUCACCACUAAAGACACCUCUGCAAGGAUGCGAGAAUUUGUCCUCUGCAAUCUCCAAAUCUGCUAUAUCACGCUCUAACUUAGAAGCAGAAAUUACCUUGCUGGAUGAUCAAGCUGCUCAAUUGGAAGAGCAACUGAAGGACAUAUAUGAAAAAAGACUGCAAAAAAAAGAAGACCUUUCUCGAUUAGUAAAAAAUGAAGCUGUUAUGCAGACUCAUGCAUUGCAAAACAAUCAAGCCAUUGUUGGUAAACUUAAGAUUGACAAUAUAAUAGCUGGAAUGUCUGCUUUGUUUGAAUUUGUAAAAUCUGUACUUCCCGAACCUUGA